CCAGCAACGACGGUGUGAAGCUAACUUACUAGUUAGAGUUAGCUGAAACACGGAUAUUUAGACACUUUAAUGACAAAGUCCUCACUUUGACUGCUUAUCAGUCAGUCUUUAGUCCCUCGUCGCGGAGUUUUCAUCAUGAAAUAAUGAAGGAAACAACGAGUCAACAGUUUUCCUCAGCGUCGCCUAGCUGCUGCCCCCCAGGGUCUCACAAUGACGCUGCCUUUGCAGAGGCUCCCAGCUGCGAUGAUCUAGAAGACAACGGAGAGAUGGAGGUGAAGCAGGUAACCUUGUGCAAGAGGUCUGGGGAAGUAAAACAACACAGCAAGAAGGAUGGUGUUUUAACUGCUGAGGUAGUCGCCAGCUAUGUGUCCAACCUUGGACGCUUUGGCCCUGGGCUGCAACACUUGUACCACCACCUGUCUCUGCCUAAUCACAAUCUCAGUGACAUCUCCGUUUUAUGCAGUUAUGUCCAUCUUCAAAAGCUGGAACUGCCACACAACAAAAUUAAAGAUUUAUCCUGUGUGAGCCACAUGCCCUACCUCGUCAUCCUGGACGCUUCUCACAAUGAAAUCUCCAUCUUCUUUGGAUUCCAGCCACCCAAGAAUCUAAAGGAAGUCAAUUUCUCCCACAACCGUAUGACAAAAAUGAAGGAUUUGUCAGCCUAUUCAUCUCUUAGUGAACUGGAUCUGGGCUACAACAGUUUCAGUGAGAUCAGUGGUCUUGAGCAGUGUUGCAGGCUCACCCAUCUCAGCCUGGCACACAACAAGAUCUCGAGGAUCAGCGGCCUGGACGGUCUGCCUCUCACACACCUCUGCCUUAGGGGGAACCAGCUGGAGGGGAUCGAAGGGUUGGAAAAUCUGAAGAGUCUGCAGGUUCUUGACUUGUCUCUGAACCGCAUCACCAGUCUUUCUGGCCUCCAGAAUCUCCACCUACUGGGCUCCAUCAAUCUGGAGAAAAAUCUGAUUAGUGAAAUUCAGGAGUGCAAACACAUUCAUGAUCUUUUCCUAUUGAGGGACCUGAACCUGCUGGGAAACCAUAUACAGGAGCAACCUGAUUACAGGCUGGCAGUCGUCUUCCUACUUCAACAUUUGACAGUGCUGGAUCAAGAGAAAGUCACUGCUGAAGAAAAGGUGUCAUCAGUAAACAAGUAUGACCCUCCUUUGGAUGUGGUGGCAGCCAGGGAUCACAUGACCCACAUGGUGUAUCAGCUGAUGCAGCCCCAGGUGGUCUAUGACAGCAGUACUUUGCCCAGUACAGACUCUCCAUAUCCUAUGCUGGUUCUGACCGGUCCUCAAGGCUGUGGGAAGAGAGAGUUGGCUCACAGACUGUGUCAGGAGUUCAGCGAAUACUUUGCCUAUGGAACCUGUCACACCACAAGGGGGCCCUACUUUGGAGAGGAGAAUGGAAUUGAUUACCAUUUUGUCAGUGAGGAAGGUUUUCAGAACAUGAUUCACAUGGGUAAGUUUAUCCAGACCAUGCAGUACGGGGGUCACAGGUACGGUCUGACCAGAGAUGCCAUAGAGGAUGUAGCCAGAGAAGGACUAGCCUGCUGUGUGCAUAUGGAGCUAGAGGGUGUGUUCAGUCUGAAGAACAGCUACUUUGAGCCUCGAUACAUCCUGCUCAUCCCCACCCAGGUAGAGAAGUACAUGGGCCACCUGAAAAGCCGUGAUCUCUAUACCCCGGCACAGAUUGACAUGGCGGUGUCACGUAUAGAGCUCUACACCAAUACCAACAGGCAACGACUGGGAUUCUUCGAUAAUGUUAUCCCUUGUGAUGACUGGGAAGAUGCCUAUCAGACACUGAAGCAGGUAGUGAAGGAGUACCUGUUGCUAGAGGAGGAGGAAGAAGGAGAUAACAACAACAGAGCAUCCCCUAACACCUCCACAGUCUCAGGUAACGAGCCAGAGGUGAAGCCACCCUCACCCCUGUCGAGGUCAGGAUCAGGCACACUCAUGUCACACUCUGCCACAGCUCUUGACCCCUCAGAUCUGUCUUACAGAAACUAUUUUACCAAGAUCCAGGCAGAGCUCAGCCCUCAGAAGAGCCCCGCUGAGCUAGCUUCCAUCAGGAGGCGUGAGCAGCUGGUGAGAGAGGCUAUAGUGGGGAAGAGUCCAGGGGUGUACAGCCAGCUCUUCAAAAGCUCUGCUCUAACACCACCAUCAUCACUGCAAAAUCAUGAUCUUGGUACCCAUUUCAGUGAGGACAGCAGCUCGGAUGAGUCUCGUGCCAGUUCAGCACUGUCUGGACCCAGUUCAGCCGGGGCCUUGUCUGGCUUAGUGGAGCCGCUGGAUAUCUCUGUCCCGGGACACGCCUUGGAAACACUCAAAGGCCAAACUCCAGAAGCCCCCCGUCCAGGCACAGAUCAGCUAGCUGUGGACGUGUCUCCCUCUUCUGAUAGACGUCCUGGAUCCAACGUCAAGGCCAUCCUGCCACCAAUCCCCACUGGGCGCAAGACCCCCGCAGCACCCAGCCCGGCUCCUUCACCCAGACCCAGCCCAAACCCAGCAGAAGAGGGAGGAGAUGCGGACAGGGAGGGGUAGCUUUUAAGGUUUUAGGGUGUCUGACAUCUAACACAAUUGUAAAUAUUCAAACUAACUGCUUUUUGAACAAUACAUGUUAUUAACAUUCGAAGAAAAUGAGAUGAAGUCAAUCAAUCAGUAAAUACAUAAAAGUACAUAACUUAAAAUAUAAGCUUGGCCUGUUUAAUAAAAGAACAUCAAAAAUCUGUACCUGCAAAAGUUAACAGUCAACUGCAAAACCACACAUUUGUUGCUAUCUUACCACAAACUACACAGACUGUGAUGUGAUACGCCCUAGCCAAACACUUGAGGUUAGAUUUCACUGUCAGCACUUGCCUUUUCCUGUGAUCUGUUACUCAUGCCACAACCCGUCUGGAUCAUUUGCACUUGCUAUAUACUGUAUACAUGACAAGUGAUGGCAUUAAUGACCAUAUAUAAGGUGACUACAGUAUAAUUAUUUGCAAAGAUGCGCUUUUCCUCUUUGUAGUAUUUACUGGCUCAGUGGCCUAAAGGUAUACAGUGUUGACACACAUUAUGAUUCAGGCUCACACACAGAUUGACAAGCAUGUCUUAUGCAUAAAUAUAGUAGCACGUUGAAGAAAACAGCUCUUUUUGUCUUUUCAUAUUAAUAUGUUCAGAUUCGUAACUAAAGGAGGUAUCUGUUCAUCUUGGAAAAGUUUAUGUCUACAAAGUAUGCGGUACACGUCAUGUUUUAUGAAUGUAGUAUUUAAUGACAGUGAAGUGGCAUUAUAUUUCCUACUGUUCAGUAAUCUCAUCAAAUAUGAUUUGCCAUUGACAUCUAGAUACUGAUCUUUUAUGUGCAGCGUGGAGCUCUUGUCAUUGUAUGAUAAAUACAUCAUUAAUCUUUAUCUCUUCGGAUGGGAUAUUUAUUCAACUGGAAAUGCAUUCAUAUGUAAGUUGUUGGCAGGUAUUAAACAGUGAGCCGUCACUGUGUGUGUGUGUGUGUGUGGGUGUGUGUGUGUGUGUGUUGCACACAGCCAUGCAUACUGGUGCACUCGUAUGUUUGUGAAUUUGCAAUGUCCAUUCAUGAUUUGUUGUAAAUUGCAAUUGUCAUUUGUCAUAGAUGUAUGCUUAUUUAACAGCCAGGGUGCUUGUAGGUGUAUGUGAAUGUGCACAUACAGUAUGCAUGUUCUGUUUCCUGGGCUUCUACACACACACAAAACACACCUGGCCAUCCAUCACUGUCUGUCUUCCUCUCAGGCAGCAGAUGUUGCAACCCUGUCAUAAUUCUUUGGCAGUUUGAAACCAGACAGUGUCUUUAGGGCCCCUGGGGUCUAACCUACUUACACCGUAGUCUGCAACUCGUUCUAUAGCUUAUCAUGGACUAACAUGUUGUCUUCCUGUGGAUUGACUUUACACUGGAUACAGCAAUGUGCAUGAAGGUUUGCAAAAGCCUUUAGGUCUAGUAUAACAUGAGGUACAGAUGAGAGACUGGGAACUUUACUUCUUGUCAUUCUGGAUGUGUAAUCAUAUUUACCCUCUGAUGAUCUACAUGCAUUGUCUCUGCAUGUUAAUCUGUUUUUCAUGCAUCUGUUGCUGUCUGUCUUUCUCUUUGUGCCUACCUGUUUGCAGUGUUAGAUUCCAUGACUACUGCAGCCUAUUUGUUAGAAAAUGUUUAACUGGUGCAGUAAAGUUAUCUGUAAUAGCAA